AAAAGUACUAUUAUAUUGAAUCGAUAAAGAUUUAUCACAAACAGAAACGAUCUCUCUAAUGUUUUGAGAUUUUAGGGUUUUUAGGGUUUAAGGAUCAAUGCCGGGUGUAGGCGCAGAGUGCAAGGUUUAAGAGCAAUCCGUAUUUUCUCUGUUCCCAUACCAAAGUCGGCAUUUCUUGCUCGAUAAUCAUGUGGGCGUUACGAAGAUCAGCAAAUCAGUUCAAGAUUCGUAGUGAACAUGUCUAUGCAUUGAGAUCUGCUGCAAAUUUACUGGGUAGCUCAAAGUGCAAUGAAGUGCCCUCAGGCGAGGAGUCUAAUCAUGAGUGCUCAGUCCAGGCACACGGUUACAGUAUCGGCCGAAGCAUCUCCUUUGCCGUUUAUCCGGGAAUCCCACGCGGGUUCGCAUCACAAGUCACGGGCAGCGCGGAUAAGAAAGAGGAGAAUAAAGAUGAAGGUUUGUCUGAGCUAGACUUGCCCCCUGAAGAAGCUUCGGUGUCGGACAGCGACAUUAAUGAGGUUUUAGAUUUGGGUUCAGAAGGCGAGGUCUCAGAAGGAGAAUCUCAGGUUGAAUCUGAUUUUCCAGAAGCUGAAGUUGAAGGUGAUGGAGCGUCUAAACGCUUGCUUGCAGAUAUUAUACAUUGCAGCUACAAAGAUGUGCAAGCUACAGUUGAUAAGUGGGUUGGAGAUGGUAAUGACUUAAACAGAAAAGAAGUUAACUACAUUAUCCAUCAGCUUCAAAGGGGAAGAAUGUAUGGACGAGCCCUCCAGGUUUUAAAUUGGUUGUUUGCAAAAAAGUCUUCUAUGUUCAACGAGAGUGAUCAUGCUAUUCGGUUGAAUUUGAUUUCCAGGCUAUAUGGUAUUACUAGAGCUGAGAAGUAUUUUCAGACUAUACCAUCAGAAAUGAGAGGAUACAAAGUUCACCAAACCCGUUUAGUGAACUUUUCACGUGCCAAGCGUGUAAAACAAGCUGAAGAGGUUUUCAACAAAAUGAAGAUCGCAGGGUUUACCCACUGUACAUUUGACUAUAAUGCUCUGCUGCAGCUUUAUUGGCAAACCAACAAGAGGAAAAUUUCUGAGUUAUUAAAAAAGAUGGAAGGUGAAAAUUUAAAACCUGAUAUAUUCACAUACAAUCAUCUGAUAUAUACUAAGGGUGUUGUGGGUGAUAUUGUUGGAAUGGAGCAAAUUCUUGAGACUAUUAAAGCAGAAGAUAUACAGAUUGACAACCAAACUCGGGCAACACUUGCAAGAAGUUAUAUCCGUGCUGGGUAUUUGGAAAAGGCAGAAGCAUUAAUAAAAGAACUGGAAGAUAAUGCUACUGCCAAAGGUGAGAGCUAUGGUCUGAAAAUUUUGCUUGAUUUAUAUGCAGAUAUUGGUAAAGCUAGUGAUGUAGAAAGAGUUUGGAAUGCAAUUAAUUCUUUUCCUAAAAUUUCACAUUCUUACUAUGUUGCUGCGAUAAGUGCUUGGGGAAAGCUGGACGAAAUUGAAAAGGCAGAAAGUAUGUUUGAGAAAAUGCUGAAUUCUGGGAUAAAAUUGGCAUCACCCAAUGCCUACAGUGCACUUCUUGGGGUAUAUGUUAAACAUAAAUUGUUUCUUAAAGCAAAGGAAUUUGUAAAGCAAAUAUCUGACAAUCAGAUCAUGAUUCAACCAAGUACCUGUGAUACAAUUAUUAAAACCUAUCUGGAAUUAGGUGAUGUGGAAAAGGCUGAUGCUUUCCUGUUAAAAAUUUGUAAGCUGAAACAAAAACGGCCAUAUUAUAGGACAUUCAUUGCAAUAUUAGAGAAAUAUGCAGAAAAAGGAGAUAUUGCAAAUGCUGAAAAGAUAUUUGAUAAUCUGACUAGUAAUGGCUAUCGUGGGCGGUUACAAUCACAUGAGUGUCUUUUGCAAGCUUACCUGAAGGCACAUACUCCUGCUCAUGGAUUCAAGGAAAGAAUGGUGGCAGCUAAACUUCGCCCGAAUGAAAAGAUUAGUGCUAUGCUGAAACAGGUGAAUGCAUUCAAGAAGGAACGUCUGCAAUCAAAUAGUUCUGAUCUACCUGAUUGAACCUUUGGUAGCAUCUUCGAACCUGUUUUACCAAGUAACUGAAGUGUAGGCACAAAUUUUCUGAAUUAUAUGAACAUAUGGAUUUCAAGCCUGCAGAUUCCACAUUUGCCUAUAAGAUAUCAUGGUACAUUAACUUGUUCACCUUUUAGAAAGGAAACAAGCCAAAAUAUUUUUAUUUUUUUGUCAAGGUAUAGCAAUUUUAGCUAGGUUGAUGCUAGGCAUGUUUUGCAGUGAAAUAUUAAAUCACAUGAUUUGGAGGCAAGCUCUCUACCUUUCGGAUGUUGUGUUUGUAUUCAACUUGAACCAGUGCGAAAAUUUGAGCAAUCUCACUCAAGAAGCAAUGAACUGUUGGAUAUGAUCUGUUAAUUAGAAUCGACAGCAGCAAUUGCAUGUUUCCUUGAUUAUUACUGAUAACCAAGAACAAGUGCAAAGAGUAGAUGCAAUUGAAAACUGCUCAUAUGGCUCACUGUUAAACGCCAAAUGGUUUCUACAGCUUAGUUUUCCUAAUUUUGAUCAGUACAACACUCACACAAGUUGCCAAUGAUGCAAUACAACUUCCUCAUGCUUUUAAAUAGAUGUUGCAACACCCCCCAUGUGCACUAGAAGGUUCCUUGAGUGGAAUUUGAAAUGGGAGAGUUGGAUUGUUGAUUGCAGGUCUUAAAGAUUUUUCUAUUUUGACAAAAUCACCAGUUUUUAAGGCAACAUUUUUGUACCUGCCGUGGUGGCUUCAUAACUGAGAUUAGAAAUCAUCACUUUUGUUGUGAACAAAUCAACUGCUUUCUGCUGCUGAUAUCUUAAUGUUAAUUGCAGAUUUUUAUAUUUUUUCCUAGGUUUCAUUGAGUUUUGGGAUGGGGGGACCAAGUGCCUAGAUUUGGAGAUGGCUGUGGGGCAGUGGUAGCUGGGUGUUUGGGGGUGGAGCCAUCCAUCCUAGGGUCUGUGGGGCAGCACCAUUGCCACAUUCCUUCUUGUGGUACAAGGCAGGGCCACGACCAAUCUCAAAUUAAGGCCUUUGAAACCACAAACUUUCAUGGAGCACACCCUUUUCACAAAUCUAUCACUAUGUUAUUUGCAAUAUCAAUGCAUGCAUACGCACAUACACACGCACACGCGCAACGUGCAUGCAGACAAACACGCAACAUUUGGUUGUGGUGCUGGACAUACCCUUGUGGAACAUUAGUUUUUUCUAUUGUGACAACCAUUAAUUUUGGUCAGGCAAGAACUUUGAUUUUGUUAUGGUGGCUUUAUAAUUGAAUUAGAUUAGAAAUUGAUAGUGUUUUCUG